GUCCGCCGUCAGGUUAGCGUAGCCAUUUCACCUGACCGCCUUGACAAAGAUCGCAUUGUCUCCCCAUCUGCAUCGUCUCUCAUUCAUCGUUCAUUCUGGACACUUUUGAUCCAUUUCGUGACGCGGGAACGGACCAGGCCUUCGAGCUCCAGAACCUAGACAAGCCGUCGCACGCAACACAGACAGGCGCGCAGGAGAGCAGGCAGGCGCGCAAGAGACGGGAGAAGCUCGAGCAGCUUCGCGAGGCCGACGAGAUGAAGUUUUCGCACAGCUUGCAGUUCAAUGCCGUGCCCGACUGGAGCAACCACUACGUCGCCUACAGCAACCUCAAGAAGCAAAUCUACAGCCUCGAGACGCAGAUCAACCAGAAGAACACGCAGACACACACCGACGCCGAGUCGUCGCCGCUGCUCAAUGGCGCCGUCGACAACCCCGACCAGGUCUUCACCAACGUCCUUGACGCCGAGCUGGAAAAGGUCACGUCCUUCUACCAGCUCAAGGAGCGCGAGAUCUACGCCGACCUCGACAGCCUGAUCCGAGACGAAGACGCAUACGAAGAGGGCCAGGACGGGUACGAGCAGGAGCGGGAGAACGCGCCGCCGGGACACAAGCUGCGCAGCGGUAGCGUCUUCAAGCAGAUCGGCUUCCACCGGCCGCGGACACAGAGCGCCACGAGCAGGCAGUCGACCGGCGACGGUCACGACCUGGACGACGAUGACUCGGACGACGACGCGAACGAGAGCUCGCGACUGCGCAAGAAGAGCCCCGAUGGCCGCCGGCGACGACGCGCGACGGACGAGGAUAUGGGCGCCUCCAACGACUUUGCCUCGUCGCGGCGCAAGACGAGCGUCGCCUUUGACGACUACACCGACAUGGCCUUCUCCGCCCUGUACGACGAGGGCGUGUCGCUGAAGAAACGCACCGUCAGCCUUUACGUGCUGCUGUGCGAGCUGCGCUCCUUCAUCCAGCUCAACAAGACGGGCUUCGAGAAGGUGCUGAAGAAGUUCGACAAGAUCCUCGACCGCAAGCUCAAGAGCCAGUACCUCAACAAAUACGUCUACCCCGCCUAUCCCUUCCAGCAGAGCACCAUGGACCGCCUGACCGAGCAUUUGAUGCGCAUGGAGACUGCGUAUGCCAAGAUCUGCACAAAGGGCGAUGUCACGGAGGCCAAGCGCGAGCUGAGAUUGCAUCUCCGUGAGCAUGUUGUGUGGGAGCGGAACACCGUCUGGCGCGAGAUGAUCGGGAUCGAGCGCAAGGCCCAGGCGGCUAAUAUUGGCAUCACGCAGACGCUGCUGGGAGAGACGCAUGGGAAGGUCCGUCGCCAGGGAGACGAUCUGGAGCCGGAGGGCAAGGAAGUCGUCACGCCGAUUGGGAGGUACAGGUGCCCGACGUGGCUGCUCAGCAGGACCUUUUGGAUGCUGGUUGCGUGCAUAGCUGUUUUCGUCGUGCUUCUUGUGGUGCCCAUUAUGGAGAAACCCGAGCAGCAGAAUUGCUUGGCGAUGGUCAUCUUUGUCAGUCUGCUGUGGGCUACUGAGGCUAUCCCACUCUUCGUCACAUCACUGCUUGUGCCAUUCCUGGCCGUAACGCUUGCCGUCGUGCGCAGCGACGUAGAACCACAUCGUCGACUGGACUCGAAGCAGGCUGCUAGCUACGUCUUUGCGGCCAUGUGGACGCCCGUCAUCAUGCUUCUUCUGGGUGGUUUCACUAUCGCCGCCGCUUUGUCCAAGUAUAACAUUGCGAAGAUGAUGGCUACGUUCGUCCUUAGUAAGGCCGGCACGAAGCCUAGGACCGUCCUUCUGACCAACAUGUUCGUCGCCAUGUUCGCGAGUAUGUGGAUUAGUAACGUGGCUGCGCCGGUGUUGUGCUUCUCCAUUAUCCAGCCCAUCCUCCGCAACCUGCCCGCAGACUCCGACAUGACCAAAGCCCUACUCCUCGGCAUCGCACUCUCCUCUAACAUCGGCGGCGCCGCAUCACCCAUCGCGUCUCCCCAAAAUCUAAUCGCCCUGCAGAAUAUGAACCCCGAGCCUUCCUGGGGCGUGUGGUUCUUCGUCGCGCUCCCCGUAUGCAUCAUCUCCAUCCUGCUAAUCUGGGUGCUCCUCCUCGUGACCUUCAAGCCCGGCCGCGGCACGCACAUCGUGCCCAUCCGCCCGCUCAAGGACAAGUUCACCGGCGUGCAAUGGUUCAUCAGCAUCGUCACCCUCGUCACCAUCGUCCUCUGGUGCGUGUCCCACCAGCUCGAGCACGUCUUCGGCGACAUGGGCGUCGUAGCCAUCAUCCCCCUCGUCCUCUUCUUCGGCACAGGCAUCCUCACAAAAGAAGACUUCAACAACUUCCUCUGGACCAUCAUCAUCCUCGCCGCGGGCGGUUUAGCGCUCGGCAAAUCCGUCAAUUCAUCCGGCUUGCUGCACACCAUCGCCGAAUCCAUCACCAGCAGCGUCGAGGGCAUGAGUCUCUACAGCGUCCUCGUUGUUUUCGCCGCACUCAUCCUAGUCGUCGCAACAUUCAUCAGCCACACCGUCGCCGCGCUCAUCGUCCUCCCGCUCGUCCAGCAGGUCGGCCAGACAAUGCCAGAGCCCCACCCCAAUCUGCUCGUCAUGGGCGCUGUGCUCAUGGCCAGCGGCGCGAUGGGACUGCCCACCAGCGGGUUCCCGAAUAUGACGGCUAUUAUGAUGGAAGAUUCUCGCACGGGUCAACGGUAUCUGGAUGUUAAGCACUUCCUUACUCGUGGUGUGCCGGCUAGUUUGAUCACGUUUGUGGUUAUUGUUACGGUGGGGUAUGGGCUUAUGCUCGCUGUGGGGUUUUAGAUGGGCGUGUGCAUAUAUUGUGGAUGGGAGAGGGGAAUGGCGUUUGUAGAGGUGCCUUUAUGGCUUGGUUUGGCUUGGCUUGGUGUGGAAUCGUAUGUUUUGGUCGGAGCCUUUUUGGAGGGUGUCGUGUUUGCAUUGCAUCGC